UGUAAGAAAACCAUGAUGUUUUACCGGCAUGUUUAUAACAAUAGAAGUUUUAACUACUUGUCAAAGCAAUGUAAACAAAAAUGAAAGUUCUGUAUGUAUUACUGUGCUGUGUUGUACUGUGUUUAAACGUAUUGGCAAGUAGUGAUGAAGAAGACGAUAAACAAUUAGUCGAAAUGGAAAGAUCAGCCGAUCUAGAGAAUAGAAAGAGGCUUCAUACUACAAACACAUUCAUUAAGAAACAUGUUAAACAAAGGACCGUUCGUGGCAAAAUAACACAUUUUGUUUGUCAAAAUGCGGUCACAAUGGAGAAAUUGACUUUUAUGUUUGCACUACCUGAACAAAACUUCAAUGAAGACCCUGUUAUCCAACACGCAAUGGAGCUUGAACUGCAACGAGAAAUGCACGAAGGCUUAGACUUAACUGAAGUUGAGGUUGCAGAUCUCGCUUAUCAUGAAAAAAAUAUGAAUGAUCUUGGAUCUGACCGAAGAGUUAUGUUAAAACCCGAUUUAGCAUUGUUAAUACUCGAUAUUAUACUUAACCCAACGAACUACGAACAUUUUGAUUUUAUCCACACAUGUCGAAUGAUAGGAUUGUUCUGGAGUGUAAAAGAUCCAACAUCAUUCAUAACAAAUGCUGAAGUUACACCCGACGACAAUACAUGUGUCAUACAUCAUGGAACGACAGUCGUGAAGUCAUUCCAAUACGAUGAUGAUUCUAUUGUUUAUGUAGACAACGUCACUCAUAAGGUGCUAAACCCGAGCUUCGUUCUUGAUUUAGCAUAAAUAAUUUAUAUUCCUUCAGGUUUCUUU